UAUAAACGGCCUCCCCGCACCCUGCUUGUGCUCGCUCCGGACACAGUGAAACACCGAUCGUCGGACGGGACCUCUGUACGAGGUCCCCAUCAUGUGAUCACUAAUUGGCGAAUCAGUGAUCACAUGAAGAGUAGUAAGCAAGAUGUCACUUGUGACAUCAUUGCUUACUACGUGUGAAAUCUGUGAAUUAUCACAGAGGUCACAUGCGACAUCAUUGCUUACUACGUGUGAAAUCUGUGAAUGAUCACAGAGCUCACAUGGUACAAGGCUAUUCACAACAGCCUUGUACCAUGUGACAAGCUCUGACCAAUCACAGCUCAC